GGCCACGGGGAUGUUGCGAAUUAAGAAAUACGCACAAAACAACUUUAAAAGUACAGACAUGCCUUGAUGAUAAAGACUCGUGAUGUCAGAGGCUUAACAAGAAAAUUUCUUAAAUUAUUUAGAAUUAACACUAUUUAACUACAGUUGCGUGGGUGCACGUUUAUGGAGUCUAUCCCCCAAGGUGUGUGAAUUUCAAACGGAGUCAACUAGGAAGUGAACAAGUGAAUAGACGGUCAAAAUUCUUUAAUUUAAUUAAUUAAAUUCAAUACCGUAAUUGUGGACAAGGGAAGGUGUAGAGUCUACUAAAUCUUUCUUUGGAAUUAUGGAAUUUACGAUUGUGAUCUUUCGAUAUCGGCCUAUAAGGAAUUUAUAAGGGGGACACCACAAUAAGAAACUUAUAAUGAGGACUACACAGGAAUUUAUAUUGGAGACAUUAUGACAUGCCCAUUAUAAGGAAUUAUAACGAUAAACGGCGAAACGUCAAAAAGGAAUAUUUAUAAUGUUAAACACACAAUGAGGAAUCUAUAACGUGAUACGGAAGUUAUAAGGAUUGUCAUUAAAUAAGAUAUUUUACAAUAAUUACUAUUUCUGUCAGCAAAUAAAAAUGGCCUACCCGAAUUAAACGAUACUAGUUUCAUGAGAAUAAAAAAAAAAUUAAUAGUAAUUUUCCACGAAACGUUAUUCCGACAUUUGAAACUAUGGAAUUUAGGAUUCUACUCUAAGGAAUUUAUUAAAUCGACUCCAAAUAAGGAUAUAAAGCGGUUAUAAACAAUCUCUAAUUCUGUAAAUGUCAUGGAAAUGGAAUUGGUGAUAACAUCACAAAAGCCUUGUUUAUGAUUAAGGAACUGACCUCAAAUGACCAGUACUUUUUCACAAAUAGUUAAGGUUAUCAAGUGAUCAUGUCCCUACCAGGUGUUAAUACAGAUAACAGAGUUAUGAAGAGACAUUACUUUUUUUUAUUAGCCGAGUGGAUGUAUAUAUUAAAGUGUGUAUAUGCUAAAAUGUGUUCAAAUUAAAUCGUCAACUAUUUGAUAUAACAUGACGGCAGAUAUCAAAGAUCGGAAAGAUAUCGUACAAAACGGGUUUGGUGUGUUGGAUGGCUACCCACAGAAUGUUACCGUAAUCAGAACCAAGCGAAAGGAAUCACUGGGUCAAAAAUUUACAUCAUGUCGCUGGGUAAUCGGGUAUUUAUGCUGUGCUGCAACCUUCAGUCAAUCAGCCAUCAGGCAGUUGAUUGGCAUGGCAACAGUAUGCAUGACUUUACAUUCGUCUCUUGAAGAUCCCAAGAACGGUACAAUCAAGGACAAUUUAAACUCUACACAAAACGGCUCAUGCCCUUUAACUGACCAGGAAGCAGAGUUCACCUGGUCAUCUGAAUUUGAAGGGACAGUUCUGGCAUCUUUUAAUUUUGGUUUCAUCGCAUCCCCAAUACUUGGUGGAUAUGUUGCGGGGUAUUUUGGUGGGAAAAGAGUGAUUGCCGUAGCCUUGGUCAUCGGAGCCCUGUCAACCGUCCUAACACCUGUAUCCGUCCGAGCUAACCGGUUACUAUUAGUAUUUAUGAGAGUAACAGCCGGUUUAGUAAUGGGAGCAGUAGAUCCAUCCAUUCAGUAUUUAUGGUCCAAAUGGGCACCAAUUUAUGAAAAAAGCCAGUUGACAGCUUGUUCAUUUUCAGGUUUAAGUAUAGCUGGUAUAACAACAUUUCUUGUAUCAGGUUAUUUAUGUACUAUACAACUAGAUAAUGGUUGGCCUUUUAUAUUCUAUGUAUUUGGUGGUUUUGCAUUAUUGCUGUUGGGGCCAUGGCUAUAUUUUGUUUACGAUUCACCGGAACAACACCCUAGAAUAAAACUAGAGGAAGUAAAAUAUAUCAAUCAUGGGAAAACGACUAAUAGUUCAAAGAUGAACAAGCCGCCAUGGAGUAAAAUUAUCAAAUCAAUGCCAUUUUGGGCCAUCGUCGUUGCUCAUAUAAAUCAUGGUUGGACGACGACAUGGGUUCUGGCAUAUUUACCAAAAUAUCUCAAAAAUAUUCUACUGUUCAGUGUCCGAGAGGAUGGCAUCUUGUCGUCAGCAGCUUUUGCGGGGCCUUUAUUAUCCAGUUUACUGUGUGGUUACAGUUCAGACUGGUUAAUCAGAAAAAGGUUCUUCUCAACGGGAACUGUUCGAAAAAUUUAUCAGGGUAUAGGGUGUGUCGGGUGUUCAGCUUGUUUUUUUGCCAUUAGUUUUCUAGAUCACAACAGUCGAGCUCUGGCAGUUGGUCUCCUUAUUGUAGCCUUAUUUUUCCAACAAUUUACCACGGUGGCUUUUCGUAUUAACCAUUUAGAUAUCGCACCGAGGUAUGCUGGUGUAUUAAUGGGUAUAACGAUAACCAUCGCCAUGUUGGCUGCCUUAUCGGCACCUUUUAUAACGUCUGCUAUUAUCACAGACGGCACGCAAAUGGAAUGGCAGCAUGUGUUCUGGAUCGUAGCAGCAUUGAAUGUAAUUGGUGGAGUUUUCUACGUUAUUUUUGCCAAAGGCGACGUUCAGAGCUGGGCAAAUGAAGUUAUUAUUGAGACUAUAGAUCCACCAAUGAAGGAACCGAUUGUAAAAGCAAAUGGUAUAUAUGAACAAUUAGAAUUACCAAGUUAUUCUGAAGUCAUCGUAGAAAGGGGAUUCGACAAUCCAAAUUUUACAAAAACAGAUGAAAAGAAACCGGAUUCAUUCCACGAUGAAUCCAGCAUUUACGAAGAAAGUAGUACUAAAUUAUAAAGAUGGCCAAACACCAAUCUGUCAAUCGCAUUUAGAUGAUGCACUGACAUACCAGUACCAAGAUGGCCGACAGGGCAAGAUGAUGAAGAAGCCAUGCAACUUUAAGGGCCCCAAAUAUCCCAGUAGCUGCUUUGGGUCAAUGCUUUUAGACAAAGUGUAUGCACAUUAUAGUAUGCUAUGUUUAUUGUACAUUAAUCUAGGCUAGUUGUCUAAUUAAUCGGAAAUAAAUCGUUGGCCAAUCUCAGCACGGUGACAUCUUCACUGCGUUACAUAUACGCCCGAUAAUAGUUCAUUUCCGAACCCAAUUAAUGUGAGGUCACAGAAGACUCCUAUUGCCAAGACAAAAGUGUUAUUUACCCUAAAAUAUAGUUUGUUACCUUUGUCCAUUAUUUUCAAACUCGGAAAUACACAAGUUAAUGAACAAUUUAUGUAAUUUGUGUUCAAUCAGAAAUAUACGUAAUUUGAGGGUCAUCAAAGGAGUUUUGAAAUUUUGAUUACCUUUAUCAAGACUAUAUAUAACAUUGUGAAGAUAUGGCUGAGAUUGGAUUGAUUUUGGUUUGGAGGUUUAACCAGAUACAGUGAGGCCUGACUAUAAAAUCAUACAUGCACCAAUAAUUCUAAAAUAAAAGCAGGAAAAGGUGUGAUUUAUACGGGUCUCUUAACUUUCUAAGUUAGGGUUGAUCAUGAUCUCCAAGACUGAAGGUUUGACAUACAUAUUUUGCUAUAUAGAAGUCGGCAGUAAAACAAACCACAUUUUCGUCUUCAGUUACCAAAUGAGGACGCGAAGCCUAAACAGUUGAAUUACGAGGAUAAACAACUUACUACAAUAGUUAGUUACAAACUAUUUGAUAUUGUAAUUGUUCAAUCAAUCCCAUUUCCUACUGCAUGAAUAAUUCUUGUUAAAUAACAAACCAAAGGACUUUCAUAGCAACGCACAAACCAAAACACUGUUAACUUAAAAUAGGGCAGUAGUUCUAUAGAUGCGAGAUUUGAAUAUUUUUCGUUAAAAAUUUAAAUAGAGUAGCUUAACUUCUAAGUAUGUAAUACGUUAUAUAGCAGAGACUUUACGUAUAGUAUGAUGGUUGUUGAUAAUGUAUAUCAUUGUUUUUGAUUUUUGUUAUCUCAUUGUGAAAAUACGACUCAUAAAGUAUGAUUAGGGUCUAAUUAUUGAAUAGUCUCAACCACUUGUUAGGGUAUAUUGAUACCAAAAUUAUCAUAUUCAGAAAAAAUGUAUAUGGAAAUCAUCCUGAACAAGUUAGAUUUUGUACAGGGUGACACAAAAAAAACCGUUCAUCAAUAAAAAUCGAAUAACUUCCAAAAUUUUAUUUAGAUUAACACAAAAAUUCAGCUACAUUAGGUUAAGUCUAUGUAGCAGACAUCUCCAAAGUUUCAAGUCUGUACCACAAAAACUCUUUGUUUAACUGGCGCUCAAAAAAUGAGCUAUAAAUGAGCUCCCGGGUGCUCCUCGAUGACCCUCCCACAUUCUUCCCAUGGGGUCGUUUUAUUGCUGCUGUGAUUGCUGCCUUCAGAUCAGGGAUAGUCUGGGGGUUGUUGCCAUACACCCUGUCCUUAAGGUAUCCCCACAGAUAAAAAUCUGGGGCGUUCAAGUCCGGUGAAUGCGGCGGCCACUCCGGGUCACACCUGAUUCGUUUGAGGUGUGGGGGGUGGCACCAUCCUGCUGGAACCACUGGAGGUCCCUGACGACCCCCCUUCGUUAUUCAAGUUUAGGUGAUGAACGCUUUUUUGUGUCACCCGGUAUAAUUUUGUUGUUGAUAUGAUCAUGCUUGACAACGUUAAUGAAAUAAUUUGUUCAGCUCCCAGUUACUCAAUAGAAAAAUCAUUCCUUUGUAUUCCACAUAUUCUAUCGUUCCAUAUAUAAUUUUGUUAAUAUUUGUUAUUUGUAUAUUUGUAAAUUAUGUGUAAAAUGAUUGCUUUUAAAUUGUAGAAUUGAACAUUAAACAUGUAAAACAAUUGA